UUCGGACCUGGUCACCCGGGCAGAGCACAGUUACUCACUCACUUGAAAGGCAAGGAGCGUCACCGCUUUCGGGAAAGAAUCAAACCACCCACCCCGCCGCCGCCGAGUUUCGGGCGAACCGAGAGCGCAUCCCGCGGGCUCGGCGUACGUACGCCGUCGACUGCACGGGCGGCCGCGUCCGGCGCUCGGCCAACCCUCGCCGCGGGCAUCUGCUCGGCACUACUAGAGCUGCCUAUUUCUUUUCUGAAGCUAUCUCAGAUUUCGGGUUCUGCAAGGUUUAACGUUUGUUUGACUGAUCUCCUUGGCUCCUUGCUUGUAACUCUGAUAGGUAGGAAAGCGAGUCCUGAAAUGGGCCACGCCCCCAGGAGGUUGGUCUCUGCCCUCUAUGUAAAGCCACCAUGGGUGCCCGUUGAAGUGAGAAUCGGUCAGAAGUGGAGACGAGCAAAUGUUUUAAGGCAAGCUGAUCGCAGGGGACUCUGUCUUGUGAGCAUCAGAGGGCCGGCGCCCGAGUCUGACCCUAUAAUGGUGCCGCUAUCAACGAUCCGGAUACCUUCCGACCCUCCUGUUGCCAGGAAAAGACCAGACACUCGUCCUAAUUUCCGAGUGAAGAAGCCCAGGGACACCGGUGAUGCCACCGAAGGCAGUAGCGAUUAGGCUGCUGGCUGUUUAAGUGUUCAUUGACUGUGUGAUAACUUAUGCUUGAUCUGUAUGUAAGUUGGAAAAGAAGUCUUUUUCUCCUUCAUGGACAGAUGCUGUGGUGUGUGAUUCUGUAUGAAACAAAUUGUCUGAACGUAUUACUGCAGUUCAGACUUGUUUUAUUGUCAGUAAAAUCAGGGGUUCAAGGCA